AUGUGUUACUUGCGUGUCUUUUGGGGGCCAGCGACAACUCUGCCCCGUAUUGGAGUGGUGGCCGCGGCGGGGAUAGCGGUUCAGCUUCACUGUUUUUCUUUCUGCGUGUUGGAAGAAGGGACGAAGCUGCGUCCCAGGGCUUAUUCCCCCUUGAGUGUUUUUGUUUUAAAUUUAUUUCGUUAUGAACCCGGCACGCAACCUGUGCGUGGGGAGGGCGCUGCGUGCGGUGGGCUGCGGGCCCUGUGGGCGGCGCUGCUCUGCCUGGCCGCUGUGCGGCAGCGCGCGGGGCGUGUGCGCUGCGUGUAG